UCAGCUUCUUUCACAUCAAACUAAUGUGAACCACACAGUACUUGUAAUUUUUUAAAGAAAAAAAAAAGCAGCAGCAUCGUUGCUCCGACCCCAAUUUAACGUCAAAACAUGGGGAAUGGAAUGAACAAGGUCCUUCCUGGACUUUAUUUAGGCAAUAUCAGAGAUGCCAAAGACAAGGAACAGUUAGCAAAGAAUAAAAUAACGCAUGUUCUGUCCAUUCAUGAUAGUACACAAGCACAAGAUGAGAAUCUAAUUUACAAGUAUUUUCACGCCGCUGAUUCUCCUGAUCAAGAAAUAUCAGUUUACUUCAAGGAGAGCAUCGAUUUUAUUCACAACUGCAGGUUAAACGAUGGAGUAUGCUUAGUUCAUUGUAUGGCGGGAGUGUCUCGUUCAACAUCACUUGUAGCAGCGUAUAUCAUGGUUGUGACUCAGCUUGAUUGGAGAGAGGCUCUUGAAGCCAUUAAAUGUGCACGAUCUAUAGCCAACCCAAAUUACGGAUUUAAAAGACAACUACAAGAUUUCUGCAACUUACAGGCACCUCAGGAACGUGAAAGAUUAAAAAGAGAGUUUCCUAACUCAAAAUUCGAUGACGAGAAAUAUCUCCGAGAGAUUAUGGCGAACAGUAUGAACAACGAUGAUUUAGAGGAUCGCGCGGAUGAUGUUAUGGACGCUUUAUGUAGACAUACACAGAGGACUAAAAUCCAAUCAUACGACAAGGAAAACGAGGAAACAAUUGAUUCAAUAGGCGAGGAAACCUCACCGAAUACAGCUGUAGAGAAUUAAAAUGUUUUGGUAGUUUAUUUAUAUCGUAUUUUCCUUGUAAAUACAAUAGAGUUUGUUGCUUGUACGGAUAUGAAACGUAAAUAAUAACAGUAUCAAAACGAUUGACCUCAGUUCCUGUCUGUCUUUUUAACGGCUUGUUAUUUUCCAAUUUAAACUUUCCUAAUUAGAUGAAUUGGAACAAGAAUAAUAACAAAUGGUAGUUAUACAUCAAUUUUAAUCCAAUUCCCACCCUUUUGGUUUAACUUAGUCUCAAAUGUUCGUUUUGUUGCUAAUUAAGCAUUUUUUUAUUGAAGCAUUUUCGAUCUGUUCACCGGCGUAAAAGCCCUCGCGGGAUGAGAGGAGAACACUUGAUAAGUUUGUAGAUCACAAGGCAGAGGGAAGUGGUUUACAAACUUUUCUCCAUUCCUCCCAACUUCUCAAGUGGGUUAUUGCGCUGGUAAACCGAUAGAAAGUGUGGUUUACUGCUUUCAGGGAAAUAAAUUAAAAACAAUAUUUUAUUUUCUACGGGUUUACCGAUGCAAUAAACGAUAGGUUUUUGACCAGUCAAAGCGCUCGUACUAUCUAAGUUAUUUUAUGAACCAAGACAGACUUCUUCAUACCAUAAUACUGUAAGAAUUGCAGUUUCACGGGACUCAACACGGGUUCAUUUGAGCAGCGAUAAGGCGCCGUUGUAAUGAGUUUAAUAUUUGAGAUUAUAUUUUUGUAAAGAAACGUGUGCUAUUAAAUAACACAUUAAACUGAUUAUAAAACGAGGAGAAGAAAA